AUGGCUGUCGAAUUACAGCUGCUGUUCGACAUCAACGUGAGCCGCACCAAGACGAGCCGCACCAAGACGAGCCGCACCAAGGCGAGCCGCACCAAGACGUGUCCCACCAAGACGAGCCGCACCAAGACGAGUCCCACCAAGACGUGUCCCACCAAGACGAGUCCCACCAAGACGAGUCCCACCAAGACGCGUCCCACCAAGACGUGUCCCUCCAAGACGUGUCCCACCAAGACGAGUCCCACCAAGACGUGUCCCCCCAAGACGUGUCCCACCAAGACGUGUCCCACCAAGACGAGUCCCACCAAGACGAGUCCCUCCAAGACGUGUCCCACCAAGACGUGUCCCCCCAAGACGUGUCCCACCAAGACGUGUCCCACCAAGACGUGUCCCUCCAAGACGUGUCCCACCAAGACGUGUCCCACCAAGACGUGUCCCUCCAAGACGUGUCCCACCAAGACGUGCCCCUCCAAGACGAGUCCCACCAAGACGUGUCCCACCAAGACGUGUCCCUCCAAGACGAGUCCCACCAAGACGAGUCCCACCAAGACGAUUCCCACCAAGACGUGUCCCUCCAAGACGAGUCCCACCAAGACGUGUCCCACCAAGACGUGUCCCACCAAGACGAGUCACACCAAGACGAGUCACACCAAGACGAGUCCCACCAAGACGUGUCCCACCAAGACGAGUCCCACCAAGACGUGUCCCACCAAGACGUGUCCCACCAAGACGUGUCCCACCAAGACGUAA